AUGUUGACUCGUCCUGUGGUCGCAGCAUUGAGUUGCCGACAGUGUCAAUCUGCUAUUGUACGCGCUGUUGUGUCGCGUCCAGCUACAAGUCCUUUUCGCAGUUUUCCCCAAACAUCACGAUUACUUCCUAGAACGACAAGGUUUUAUUCAGAUGUCAAGACUACCGAUCCGAUAGGCGAGAAGAGCGCUUCAAUUUCGCCCGCGACCGACAUUUCAAAUGAUUCCAUCGAUAUAUCUGCCGAAGCCGAUCAAUCUGGCGACGUUCCUUGGUUCCUCGAAGUUGAACCCCCGCGACAUCCCCAAAACCAACAUGCAGUCGAGCUACCAAAGGUUCCGGAAGACGCCCCGGAGGUCAUCGAGCCAAUGAUCAAAUACAUAUUCGAGGACAUGGGCCUGGACGAUAUUUCUCUUCUCGACUUGCGCGAAAUUGAUCCUCCGGCUGCUCUUGGCCCGAACCUGAUUAUGCUAUUUGCGACAACUCGAAGUGAACGACAUCUUCACAUUUCCUCCGGUCGUUUCGUGCGAUGGCUUCGAAAGAAUCACAACAUUUCCGCGCGAGCUGAUGGGCUGAUUGGACCUGGAGAACUCCGGACAAAACUACGAAGACUUCGAAAGAAGGCGAAACUUAUGGGAACCAAUACUGCCAUUAUUCCCGGUGGCGACAACGGCAUCUCCACUGGAUGGGUCUGCGUCAACUUUUCUUUCAAUGAUGGCCAGAUUGAUGAAGCGGCCAAGGUCGAUGAUAGUGGUCGCUUCUCUGGUUUCGGUGCGCCCCAGACUGGUACCACGGUGGUGGUUCAGUGUAUGACAGAAUCUCGAAGAGCAGAGCUUGAUUUGGAAACUCUUUGGAAGGGUAUCUUGAAAAAGAAUUUGAAACAAAACAAGCAAGCUCGUGGGGAAAGGGUAGACAAUCCGGAAGAGAUCGAGCGACUUCUUGCCUCCAAGAUUCAACUGCCCAAAUCAGGAUCUGCUCUACAAUGGCAGGCUAUGCAGAACGCCUCUCAACGGCGUGCUUACACCACCAGCGCGCGACGACUAUCGCCAAAUCUUGUGUCAAGAGAAUAUUCACAGGCGCCACCUGGUUCAGACGGUGAUCUUGCUGUUUCUCAACGUGAUAACAGUUCUGACCUACAAACGGAUGAUACACAGACCCUCAGCCAAGUCCAAAAGUGGUUUCAGGAUAUACAACUUGCUGGGUUACCCCUCACACAAGAUAUGUUACGCCAGUUUGUCGUGGGAGCACUGACAGCGCCCACAUCUGAACCUGCUGCGAAAAGUCGACUCUCCUUGGUCGACCAGAUGCUCUGGACAGCUGAGGAGAGGGGAAUGACGAUCUGGGACUCUUCAAUGUUUGCGUCACUUAUCCAAGGGUUCUUAGUAUCACCAUCUUACGGGCAGCGGGAGCUCGAGAAAGCACAAGAGAAUAUUGAAGGCAUGAUGGACCGAUCGGAUUGUUUAUUCACCGCAGCCGAAACUCGUCGUUUGAUGGCACAUUAUGCAGAACGAGAAGAAUGGCCCCGUUUCUGGGACAUCUUUCGCAAACCACACUUGCACAAACAACCCAGGGCACCAGAAGUUUAUGCAUGUGUCUUUCAAGUUCUGGCAGAUACCAAGAACCAAAUCAUGUGUAUCGAGAAUUUGCGCUGGAUCUAUCCCGAGAUGCUCAACGAAACCGAACCCAUCCCCAUGUUAGGCACGGUCUAUGUUACACUCAAAAACUGCCUCAAAAUCUGCGACCCGGCGGCUGCAUAUCUUUUAAAGCACGGCUUCGAACAUCUUCAAAGAACCGACUAUCUUGGGGAGGAUAUAAGGGUCAACAGGUUCGAAGAGGUAAGAUUGAAGAACAGAGAAUACCUCAACAUACUGAGAGAGGUGGAACAACUUCAUGCCGCACAUAGCGGACGAUAG